AUGGCUAGCAUUGCUCCGAGAUGUCGCUUGUCGAUCAAUUUGGCGAAGAAAGCUGUGCUGAGCACGAGAGCGUUGUCGAGAAAAGCGAUUUCGGUCGAGAAUCGUAAGCUCGGAUGUGUGAUUGCACAGAGAGUGGCCUUCAACAAUCCACAGAUACGGCUACAAUCGACCACUGGACAAGCAAACGCUGAGAAGAUGACUCUAUCGCUUCUCGGCAUCACCGACACUUUACCGCAUGAUAAGGAAAAGUACUCUGAUGCUCUCACAACUGCAGCCGGUGCCUUUCAAGAUGCCGAGAAAAUCUUCAACGAUCCAAAUUUUUCGUCGAAAAAGGACUGGGUUCGAGAUGAGCCAGUUGGUGAAGGAAAAGAGGGACAAGAUUUGAAAGUUUUCUCGAAAACGACAAAAGAGGGAAUAAAUCUGGUUGCGAUUGAGUCAAUCCUCCUGGGAAACGUGGAUUGUGUCUUAUUGGAUACAUGGACACAAACCGAUGACAUGAAACAGUGGAAUUCCUCCAUCGAACACUCUUGUUUUGUCGCCCAACUCACCGAUCAUGUUGAUAUUAUUCAUACGUGCAACAACGAUAUCCUUAUCGCGAACGGACGAGAUUAUGUGAAUGUGAGAAUCUAUCGAAAGAUCGGUGACGGUUACAUUAUCGCGGCGAGGAGUGUCGACUUGCCUGAAGAGAAGCCGUACAAGGGAAAAGUUCGAGCAUGGGUCCACUUGGCGGCGGCUCGUCUCCGCCCUCAUCCGCAGGACAAAAAUAAAACGAUCUCCGAAGUGCUCACACAUGUUGAUCUCAAGGGAAAUAUCCCAAAAAUGAUCGUCAAUCAGGCGAUCAGUCGUUUCGCAGUCUAUCAAGCUCAACAAAACAAGAAACAUUUCGAAAUGUUGAAGCAACAAGGAAAACUCGACAAGAAAGCUCAA